GCAUUUAUCUUUGGCCGAUUUCUGUGUUAUCUGCACCACCGCGACGGCGGUCAGUAGCCAUCUAGACCGUCUCCGCUAAACGUCUCCGCGGGGCUUGCUGCAGCCGCUACCAGUCACCGCGACAACACGCGCGUCAACCGAAUUUCAUGCUCGCCGGUUUUGUGUCACCUACCAGUUCACGGACGAACACCUCAAAUUAUAUCAAAAAUCCCAGAAUCCGAAACUACUAUAAUGGACUUAAACACUUCAGAGCCACCCGAAAACGACAAAGUAUUAAAAACGCACAACGAUGAUGAUCAAAGAAGAAAACCCAUGUUUUUAUUUAGCGUGGAUUACAUAUUAAAUAAAGCCGGAAAGACGAAUACCGAAGAAGAUACCGACCAGAAAAAUAAACAGCAGUUCGACUGGUUGUAUUGUACACGAUUCAAGCCUCCAAAACUCGACAGGAUAAAAAAAAAAGAUGGACAACAUAGACAGAAACGGAGGCCUGGGCGUAAUCCAAGGAUACCAUUUACCACUCAACAAGUUACGGUAUUGGAACAUGAAUUCAGACGGAGCGCAUAUUUAGGAGGAACUAAUGAUGUACACGUAUUGUCUGACAGAUUGCGACUAUCGGAAAGUAGAAUUAAAAUAUGGUUUCAAAACCGCAGGGCCAGAGAACGCAGAGAUCAUAAUAGUAGCAGUUUUUCUGGAUCAACUUGUACUAACUCUACUAGUUAUUCUUCUCAACAACAACGACUUCCAGUAUCAUCUACGUCUGCAUUUAAACCAUUGAUGCCAUCACACACUUAUGUGGAAGGAAAUGAUUCUCAGUCUUGAAAAUCAAACUUACAAAAUAUAUCUUAGAGCAAACAUAAUUUAAUUGAAUGUAAAAUGUUCCCUGCAAACUUUACAUGGGACAUUUUAAAUAUUAAUUUGUAUCGUUGUAAUGUAAUGUGAUUUAUAUAUUAUAAUUUCAAUUUUUUUCAAUAGCUGACGUGCUUACACGUUGCAUGUUUUAUAGACUUUUCUUUUGAAUUACGUGCCAUAAAGACUUGUGUAAUAAUUCAUCAAAUAUUUAAUUUGAGAACGAUUAUAUAAUUUUAGUCGAGUUACAAGUCUAAGUAAGACAAAAAAGUUCGAAGUAACUAUAUUAUGUUGCAACAGACAUUUAAAUUGUAUAUAAAUAUUUUCAAAUUGUAUAAAAUUAAAAAUAAAUGUACUGUAUAAAUAUUUCCUUGUUCUGAAACAAGACUUUGUUAACUUUUUUAAAAUCAAAAACAAUUUCAAUAUUUUGAAAAUGUAGUCUAUUAUGUUUAUUUUUACUG